CCGUUGUUAGGCCCGGUGGGGAAAAUGGUGGGCGUUUCCGUGUGGCUUUGACCGUGGAGCGGGCAGCGCCGGCCUGGGGAACAGCAGCUUCCCUUGUCUUGCGCCGGUGCCGGCUGCCAGCAGCGGGCCCAGCGGCCCGGCCCCGGGGCGGAGGCGGCGGCGAAGUCACUGAAGUAAUUUCUGUCAGUUCUUGGAGGAGUCCUUCAGCCGGCGGAGGGACUGGCGCUCCUGCGGUUGUUUUUCGUUGUUUCCAAAGCAUCUGAGAGGCGUUUCUUGGAGUGAGUUGACACCAUGACAGACUUUGGAAAGAACCUGCGUCAGGACAUGGUUUCUCAGCUGCAUAAUUUUGCUGCUGUGGGAGACACAGCCAAACUGAAAGCAUUGCUCAGCCAUUCCCCGUCGCUUAUCAAUGUAGCUGCAGAAAACGGCUGGACAGCCCUGAUGUAUGGUGCCAGAAAUGGACACUUUGAGGUUGUGCAGAUUCUUCUUGAAGAAGGGUGUGACAGGUCCAUCGUUAAUAAGUCAAGGCAGACAGCUCUGGACAUUGCUAAAUUUUGGGGGUACAAGCACAUAGCCAAUUUGUUGGCUAAUGUGAAGGGCGGGCAGCGGCCUAAUUUUCUGCCAAAUGAAGCAAAAGAAUAUGAAAAUUAUUUUGGCUUGACACUUCUGGACAGAAGGAGUGAUAAAAGAACAGAUUCCAAGUGGCUAAGGAAAAAACAAAGCCAUCCAACUACAGUAUACAUUGUCUUCUCAAAUCUAAGUCCUUUGGUUACUUUGAGUGGGGGAACAGAGAGCUCCCAGCAGCCAGAAGUAAAGCUCUGCAGGCUGUACCACAAGGAUGUGGAGCAGUUCAUGAGCCAAACUGAAGAAAGCACCUUGAUUUUUCUUGGAGUUGAGGUCCAGUUCCAGAUGAACCGUCUGGCUGCGUGCAAUGGAAGAGUUCCGCAAGAAGAUGAAGAGGAUGGGUUAGUCGCUUGGUUUGCUCUUAGCAUAGAUUCUGCUUCUGCUGAGAAAUGUAAACAGAAGCAUGAGGACUGUUACUUUCUUCAUCCACCAAUGCCAGCACUACUGCAGCUACCUGAAAAAGAAGCUGGAGUAGUAGCCCAGGCUAGAUCUGUUCUAGCGUGGCACAGCCGCUACCGAUUCUGCCCAACAUGUGGGAGCGCAACCAAGAUUGAAGAAGGGGGUUACAAGAAAACUUGCUUAAAAGAAGAUUGUCCCAGUCUCCAGGGAGUUCACAACACAUCGUAUCCAAGAGUUGAUCCUGUUGUGAUAAUGCAAGUCAUCCAUCCAGAUGGGAACCACUGCCUUUUAGGUAGGCAGAAGAGGUUUCCCUCAGGAAUGUUUACCUGUCUCGCUGGAUUUGUAGAACCUGGUGAAACAAUAGAAGAUGCUGUUCGAAGAGAAGUAGAAGAGGAGUCCGGAGUCAAAGUUGGCCACGUUCAGUAUGUCUCUUGUCAGCCAUGGCCAAUGCCCUCCUCCCUAAUGAUUGGCUGCUUAGCUGUUGCGGUGUCUACAGAAAUUAAAGUUGACAAGAAUGAAAUAGAGGAUGCUCGCUGGUUCACUAGAGAACAGGUCGUGGAAGUUCUCAUUAAAGGAAACCAGCGUUCUUUCUUUGUACCACCAAGUCGAGCUAUUGCACACCAGCUGAUAAAACAUUGGAUUGGAAUGAAUGCUAAUCUUUAAUUCAAAUAAUUGAUUUAUUUAAGUUAAAUUACUUCUUCUAGUAAAUGCUAAAUUAGGAAUAAACUGGAAAUAAUUGUUUAUCUAGUAAAUGUGCAAUCACAUGAAUUUUUGAGCCUUUCCUUUGGUUCCUGUGCUAGACUGUGCAACGCUUUGUAGGUUUUUCACAUCUGAGUUAGAACCGGACAACAACCCAGUCAUUAUCCCACGAAAGCAAGCAACAAAUAGCUAAAAUCAGUACCUUGUUGUGCACAGGCUGCCUUUUCAUUUUAGAAUCAAGUUAUUAUGCUUAUUGCUAUUAUCCUCUUGAUGUUUAUUUGUUCUUUCCUGUCCCCCACUGGAAGGAGUCACAGCAUUACAAAGAGGCCUGACUUUGUCUGCUCUUUGAAUUCUGCAUUUACAUCCUCCUAUUUUGUCUUUUUUCUCUCUUUCUCAUUUUUUCCUGUCUCCAUUCUUUAAAUUCUGCCUGGCACAAAAAUCAACGUUCAGUGCUGAAAUUCUUAUCAGCAAUAGUUAUUUUUAAGCUAAUAGCAUACUUAAAUGGUUAAUAUCUUUCCCAUUAAUAGCCCUUCAAGCAGAGUAUUUACAGCCCCAGUCUAGUUUGGCCUGCACUUACCCAAUUGUAUGUCAGCCUGAAUUUAAAAGUAUAACACAAUACUCUGUUUAUGAAAAAGGUAUUGGAGAGCCAUCCCCAAAAGCCUGAAUAUUAGAUGUUUUUGUAAGAUAAUAAUAUACUUAUUUACUCUAGGCAGUGAGUUAUUUCAUUCUCUGAUAAUUAGAAGUGCAACUGUAGAGUAAUGGAGGAGAAAAGUAAAUUAAUUAAACAAGACAUAGUAUCUCAAAAUAGUUACAAAGUUCUUUUCUAGAAAUAGGGACACUUAAGAUUGUUGCUGCUGUUAAGAAUUUUUCAGUAGAAAGAAAUACAGCAACCCCAGCUGUAGGACUGGGAAAGCAAUAUAUAAAUUAAAAUCUUUACUUCUAUGUAUUUAAUGCUACAGUUCAGAUUUGUGCCUUAAUUUAUGAUGUUAUUGAAAAGGAUGUUAACUUAAUAUUCUUUCACAGUGGAAGAUUAUAAAAGUAUACUGGUUUUACUAUUAAUAUCAUUAUGUAGUGGUUAGUAGUCUGUGAUUAUGCAGUCAUCGCGGUGAUAGAAAUGCAAAUUUCCUGAAGGAAAUACAAUGAUAGUAGUAAAUAUUAACUUAUCAUAUGGGGAUAUGUUUAUUCAGAGUAAUUUGAAUGUUUUUAAUCAGUGAAUGAUGUCAGAUUUGUUUCAAAAUUCUCUGCAAACUGGAAUCAGUAAAAAUGUUUUACAAAUCCUAGUA